UAAAAGUCCUCAAAAAAAAUUAUCCCCUCAAAAACGAUAUUAGACUUACGUCAAGUCAAUUUUAAAACUGUAAAACGAUGUGGUUGUAAUGAUUUAAAAAAACGCGCUGUAAUUAUAUGCAAGGGUGCAGGAGUGGCUGUGAUGGCACGGGGGCUGAUCUGAGCGCGGAUAACACUCGCUCGUAUUCCUCGCUUGAGACGAGAUGGGCGAUCGCUGUCUCGUCAAAGUUAAUAAUUAAGCGCUCUUAAAGCUGGUAGUUAUUGACAUUUCAAAUUAAACGUACACACACACGUGUCAAUAGGGAGCCCGGGACGCGAUACAUCGCUCCAACUUUCUGCUAACAUCGUCAUCCGUCCGUUCACGUAUGUUCUCUGCAGUGGAUCAUUCAGGACAUGAGAAGGCACCCUGUGGUUCAGACAGCAAUUCUUCGCUGUUGGAAAUGCCGACGGCCACUAAUGGACUCGAGCAACUUGCUGAGCUCGCAUGGAGAACAGCUGAACCCCCGUGAUUGUGAAGGCAAGUGCGAGAGAGAGGACGAGAGCUCCAUCUGGUACAUCAACCAAGAGAACGUCCCCUCCUGGCUGACAACAGAAAUGGAUAGGGGUCAGUGGACAAAGGGGAAGCUUCAUUGCCCACACUGUGGUGGCCGUUUGGGAUCAUUCAAUUUUGUAAUUCCCUCCAGAUGCCUAUGCGGUGAGUACAUGGUCCCCGCUGUGCAAAUCUGCAAGAGCCGAGUGGACUACGAAGUGACUUCCCCACCAAACUCAAUCGACGUGCAGUCGAAGCCCAAUUUCAUUCGGAGGGACCUUUGCCCGGCUGUGAAGGACCCCUUAACCGAGCCACCGCAGUCACUUCCCAGCAAAACGAGCUUGGAAGCCUGUUUACAGCGUUCUCUGUGCAUGCCGCAGACUGAGCAGGGCAAGGCUGAGAGGUGCACAAUCGAGAAGAUUCUUCAGGCGUCGGUCCCGGCAACAGGACCUCCUCCCGCACAUGUCGUCAGAAGACACAGGAAAUGCUUCAGCUUGGACCUGAGAAACAGUGGCGGGAGUCCUCCUGCCGUUUACUCUCCCCUUGCUUACAGGCGGUCGCGGAGCGCGACGGCGGUCUGGGGUAAGAGGGAAAUUGGGAGCUCUCCCUGCAUGUCCAGCUUGCUGGCUCACUUUCACAGGGAGCCUGCUGAUGGUGAACGAUCGGCUAUUCUGGAAGAUGAUCACGAAAACACGCACACUCGGCGGACUCUGUCCUGCUCCGCCAUGUGUGGCGUGACCGGCUCUCUCCGGAAUCGGGCGCGGAACAAUGACGGUGACGGGAUGACGCUCAGGAGGUCGGACGGAGGGGACGGGACUGUUGGAUCAGCAUCAGGAGUGGCAGCACGGAUGUUAUUCAGCGACAGCAGCAGUGGCUCUGGCAGCGAGUCUGAUUGUGAAGAUGAAGCACAGCCCUCUGGUGCCCUUGAGCGGCCACGGUUGCCCUUGGAGUUUCAACGGAAUCGUGAAUUCCUGGAGGCUGACGUGGAGGAACGUGCGCAGUCCGAGGAGAGAAGUCGCAUGAAGAGAGAUGGAAGAAAUCGGCGCAAAGGAGAUCGAUGGUUGCAGAAAAAGCAGGAUACGGACAGAGGAAAGCGUGCCCAGUGCGACGGGGACACGGCGGACGAGAGCGAAGGCGACGCCGAGAUGGAGGGUCACACGUGCGCCGUCUGCCUGGACGUCUACUGCAGCCCCUACCUGUGCCACCCGUGCCGCCACGUGUUCUGCGAGACGUGCCUCCGUAGCCUGGCGCGCGACAACCCGGGCAGCACGCCGUGCCCCCUCUGCCGCGUCCUCAUCCGCCGCGUCACCUACCAGCCGGCCCUCGAUGAUGCGGCAAAGCUACUGUUCCCGCGAGCGUAUGUGGCACGUAAGCGCUCCGACCUGAGGCUGCACGGGCCGGACUGGCCCCUCCCGGGAAGGCAGGGGGGACUGCGCACGAUCAUGGCCUCCCUGAGAGGAGCUAGCGGGCGUCCCGGCACGCAGCUGCGCUGGCACCUCCCGCACGCCUUCCGCCUGGACGAGGAUGAGGAGCAGAGCCGAGGCUGGCUGGACAUGGACCGCCUCAUCAUCUACGUCUAUUCCAUCAAUUGGCUCAUUGGCUUUGUCACCUUCUGCUGCUUUUGCUACCUGCUCUUCACCUCCAUAUUCUAGGGGCAGGCAACGGUGGGGGGGGGGGGGGG